GGGCGGCGUCGGACUGGAGCCGAUCGGCGGUGCGAGCUGCCCGGGGCGCAGUCGUGAGCUCGCCCGCCGGGCCCCUACCCCUAAGCUACACCCUGCCGUGCCCAGCUCUGCCGGCGUCCGUGCCCCCGCGGCGAGCGCGCCGGGGCUGCCCCCCGAAUGACGGGCGGAAGGUUCGACUUCGACGAUGGCGGCACCUACUGCGGCGGCUGGGAGGAGGGCAAGGCGCACGGGCAUGGCAUCUGCACGGGGCCCAAGGGCCAGGGCGAGUACUCUGGCUCCUGGUCGCACGGCUUCGAGGUGGUCGGAGGCUACACCUGGCCCAGCGGCAACACCUACCAGGGCUACUGGGCGCAGGGCAAGCGACACGGGCUGGGGGUGGAGACGAAGGGCAAGUGGAUGUACCGGGGGGAGUGGUCACAUGGUUUCAAGGGGCGCUACGGGGUCCGGCAGAGCCUGUGCACCCCCGCCCGCUACGAGGGUACCUGGAGUAACGGGCUGCAGGACGGGUACGGCGUGGAGACCUACGGGGAUGGAGGUACCUACCAGGGCCAGUGGGCUGGAGGCAUGCGGCAUGGCUACGGUGUGCGCCAGAGCGUGCCAUAUGGCAUGGCCACGGUGAUCCGCUCCCCACUACGCACCUCGCUGGCCUCGCUGCGCAGCGAGCAGAGCAAUGGUAGCGUGCUACAUGAUGCUGCUGCAGCUGCUGCUGCAGACAACCCAGCUGGCACCAGAGGCGGCUUCGUGCUCAACUUCCACGCAGACACAGAGCUGGGCAAGAAGAAGGGUGGCCUCUUCCGACGGGGCUCUCUACUUGGCAGCAUGAAACUCCGCAAGUCCGAAUCCAAGUCUUCCAUCUCCAGCAAGCGCAGCUCUGUCCGCAGCGAUGCAGCCAUGAGCCGAAUCAGUUCCAGUGACGCCAACUCCACGAUCAGCUUCGGUGAUGUCGACUGUGAUUUUUGCGCAAUGGAAGAUCAUGUGGAUGCCACCACCACGGAAACCUACAUGGGCGAGUGGAAAAAUGAUAAGCGCAAUGGCUUCGGCAUCAGCGAGCGCUCCAAUGGCAUGAAGUACGAAGGCGAGUGGGCCAAUAACAAGAGGCAUGGGUACGGCUGCACCGUGUUUCCCGAUGGCUCCAAGGAAGAGGGAAAAUACAAAAAUAAUAUCCUAGUCCGUGGAAUAAGGAAGCAGAUUAUACCAAUAAGAAAUACAAAAACUAGGGAGAAGGUGGAUAGAGCGAUUGAAGGCGCACAAAGGGCUGCCGCCAUGGCCAGAACCAAAGUGGAAAUAGCAAACUCAAGGACUGCACACGCCAGAGCGAAAGCUGACACUGCUGACCAGGCUGCACAGGCUGCCCGCCAGGAGUGUGACAUCGCCAGAGCCGUGGCCCGGGAACUGUCGCCUGAUUUCUACCAACCAGGCCCUGAUUAUAUAAAACAAAGAUUUCAGGAGGGGGUAGAUGUUAAAGAAAAUCCAGAAGAAAAGGUACCAGAAAAGCCACCAUCACCAAAGGAAUCCCCACAUUUUUAUCGCAAAGGCACGACACCACCCAGGUCUCCUGAGGCAAGUCCCAAACAGAGCCACUCCCCUCAACCUUCCUCCCCAAAGCCCAUGAAGAAACAAAACCCCAGCUCAGGGGCAAGACUCAGCCAAGAUAAACGGAGCAUGACUGAGGAGCAAGUGACAGCCAUUGUCAAUAAACCAUUGAUGUCAAAGGCUCCUUCAAAGGAACUCGGAGCAACAGUGUCCAAGUACUCUGGCCGCCAUCAUGUUCCCAACCCCAGCAAUGGGGAGCUGCACUCUCAGUAUCAUGGCUACUAUGUGAAACUGAACACGCCCCAGCAUCCUCCAGAAGAUGGGGAGGAUGACGGAGCCACCCAGUCUUCCUCGGCUUUGGUAUAUAGGCCGUCGCCUAACAAGUGGAGUCCCCCUAAAUCUGUGACAAAAUCAGUUGCCAAAGAAAGCAAAGCUGAGCCAAAAGCCAAGAAGUCUGAACUUGCUAUACCAAAGAAUCCUGCAAGCAGUGAUCCCUGCCCUUCUUCGGAAAAAGAAGCCAAUUCAGGCCCUAAUUCUGUCAUGAUUGUCCUGGUCAUGUUGUUGAAUAUCGGGUUGGCCAUUCUUUUUGUUCACUUUCUGACUUGAUUGGAUUGGGAAAGCAGCCCCAUCCGGCGAAGUUCUUGGCAUUGGCUACUCCAUCUGUCCUAGCAGAGUGUGACUAAACUGGAAAUGUAUGGACCCGCAACUUUUUUUUCUUGAUGGAAGUCAACAGCUGCCUUACUAUUUUACCAUCUGACGCUUUUAGUAGGGAGCUGGGGAGAGAAGACUGCCCAAGGAAUGUGGGCUGAGGAUUGUGCUGCGGUAGGCGUGGUUCCAACAUUCACCGCUAUCUCAUUAGAAGAAGUAGGUAGCAGCGUCACUCAGCAGUCCUCUGCAAAGACCGGCUGUUUAACGUCUCCUAGAGUGUUCUGGGAGAGAACGUUUCAUUUGCUAGUGCACGACUCUGCUCAUUUGUGCUGUUUAUUUAAGUAUGAUGCAUAGUCAUCUGCCACCUGCAGUCCUGGCUGGACAAAAACACACAGGUUGCAUCUCAAGGAAAAGUAACAACAAAAGAUUAGUGAAAGAGUGUUGUUUAUUUGAAUAGCAAUACAUCAUUUUCAUGUUGCUUAUUCUUUCUAAACAAAUAGAAGGCUAUUUGUCUUUAAGAUGUAGUGGUCUGAAGGUAUUAUACCUUCCAAAGAAAUUAUUUAAUUUGAAAUGUUUUUGACAUUGUUGAGGUGAAUGGUUGACGCACUCAGGAGGUGCUUCCUUCAUUUUAAAAGCUGAAAGACAGCAGCAGUGUAGGCGAAAUGUUGCAUGGAUUGCUGUAAUCAGUGGUUACGGGUUCGGUUUCAUUGCUGACGUACGUUACAACCAAAUAAAAUCUUGUCAGUGGCUAUGUUAAUUCCCAUGAAAGUUAAGCAAGAUGCUAUUAAUAGCUCCUCUUCUCUCUCUCCAUCCCCCCACCCCCAUCCCAACCUCAAAUUUUGGUUGAAUGCCUUCAGGUAGAUGGUGAAGCUUUGUUAAGUCGAUGCUCCUCAAUUCUCUGCCUUCAACAUUUUUCAAAGUUGUUUUGUAAUUUUAUUUUAAAAUUUAAAGACAUAGAUGGCUUUAUUUUAAAUAUUUGUCUUUUGCUGUCCUGUUUUGUUCUGAUGUUGAUUUUUUAUUACAUAUUUUACUCAGAAGCAUGCUUACCUAGAGAAACUCUGGGAUCUUUAUAAAGAAUGCUUAUUUAAGAAGAAAUCAGGGGAGGAAAGGUAUGUCCGAGUCUCUUGAAGGUCUUACCUUGUGGAGGGGAACUGUUCUAGAUCUUAACCGUGACGUCAUGGUGUCAGCUGAGUCUUUCACCCUUAGUUGCCUUCUCAGUGCAGACGAGACAUGUGGACUGCAUGCUUCAAGCCACCUGCAGGGUAGUAACCCAGUGGGGGGGGGUUGUUGUUGUUUUAUUUAUUUUUUGCAGAAGUGCAAUAUAUUAAGACUCCUGGGUGUGACCAACAUGGAUUAAAUAAGAAUAAGGCAGAAAGAGAGCAAAUGAAAGUAAAAUUACAACUUGUAUAUUUAUUUUUUACAUUUUGCUUUGACUUUUAAAUUUAGAAAGUCCAUUUUUACUCAAGAACAAACUAAGUCCCUGUGUGGGUCUCCACAUUGUCCCUGCUCCUUCCUACCCCUGUAGCUCCUUAUGUUGGGAAGGCUUUUUUUUUAAGAAAAUAGAAUAUUUAAUCUUACUAAGUGUUUAUUUAAAUGUGUAAUGCUUUGAAAAUAAUGGGCAACAGAGAAUUAAAGGAUGUUUAUAAAGUGAGCAUGUUGGCUCCAUUUAUAAAUAUAUAUAUGAUUUAUAAGCUUUUUUAAAACAAAGCUCAAAUUGUGGGUAUUUUUCUAAAAUGUGCACAGCUGUAUUUUCCAUGAAGGAUCUUUCUAAUAGGUUGUUAUACUGUACUCUACAUUUUGGACAGCACAUAAAGUCUGCCAAUGUACUUAAUAAAACAUGACUUUGUUAUUUAAAGUUUCUUGCUGUGAAAAAGAACUCCCUGCCAGUGAGUUCCGUAAUUUAUAUAAAAUCCUUGAAACCAAAAUGUAUAAUGUACAGUUUCCACAACUGUAACUGCUCUAAUAAAAAUGUUGGUUAUUAAUAAA